AUGGACCAAGACUCAAUGAAAAAAAAAAUGGUGCCAGCUCGAAAGCAUAGGCUGAUAUGGAUAAAAAAUUGGCAGCCAGCUCGGCUAGCAAGACAAGUCUUGCAAAUGUCAACUCAAGGUCAACAACAGGAAGAGUCCUGUGGAAGUAGCAACCCCAAGUGUUGCAGCAGAAACGAUCUGCACGUAAACGGUCCCAAGUACCGCAGCAGAAACGGUCUGCACGUAAACGGUCCCAAGUACCGCAGCAGAAACGGUCUGCACGUAAACGGUCCCAAGUACCGCAGCAGAAACGGUCUGCACGUAAACGGUCCCAAGUACCGCAGCAGAAACGAUCUGCACGUAAACGGUCCCAAGUACCGCAGCAGAAACGAUCUGCACGUAAACGGUCCCAAGUACCGCAGCAGAAACGAUCUGCACGUGAAUAACCCCAAGUGUUGCAGCAGAAGAAACGGUCUGCACUGGUAG